CUUUGUCCAUACAUACUUUAAUGGGUAAUCAAUUCCACUACAUAAAACUAAAAGAAAAAUAUGGGACUCUUAUUCUCUCUUCCUUAUCUAUCCUUAGUAUAUCUAAACCCAGCAAAGCCAUGACAUCAUCAUCAUCAUCAACAUAAUGUGGGGGUUUGUCGUUAAAUUUUUUACACUAUAAAGAUAUCGAGUACUUCCAUUGGCCACUUAUGCCAAUAUGCCAUUAUUCCUCCCAAAAUGAACAAACUAGCACAGCUUGUUUUCAUUCCCUCACCAGGGAUUGGCCAUCUUGCUUCAACGGUUAAGAUUGCAAAGCUCCUAGUCGCUCUAGAUGAUCGACUUUCCAUUACAGUGUUGGUCAUGAAUCUACCAUUGGACACAAAAAUCGGAGCCCAUACCAAGUCUCUUUCUUCAUCAUCUUCCUUGUCCCAACGUAUCAAAUUUAUUGACCUCCAACUAGAUACUAAUAUGGAUACCCAAGCCAAACCCAUGGAUUUUCUUGUUUCUUUCAUUGAGAAUCACAAACCCCAAGUUCGAAAUGCUGUUCACAAACUCACUCAGCCUGACUCGGGCUCCCACGACCCAGCUCCGCUCGCUGGGUUUGUCAUUGACAUGUUCUGCACCACAACGAUAGACGUAGCCAAUGAAUUUGGGGUCCCUACCUACAUGUUCUUCACCUCCAAUGCUGGGUUUCUCGGCCUUUUGCUCAAUCUCCAACACCUUCGUGAUGAUAAUAAGCUUGACACCACUGAGUUGGUGAACGGUCCAGAUGCUGAGUUAGUAAUUCCGAGUUUCAUCAAUCCGGUUCCCGUUAAAGUCCUGCCCAGUGUGGUUCUGGACCAGCUGGCGGCAACCCAUAUGUUCAACAUUGUCAGUCUCAAAGAAACGAAGGGUAUUUUGGUCAAUUCAUUCGUGGAGCUGGAAUCCCAUGCGGUGAACUCUCUAAUUGAUGGUAAAACUCCAGGAGUGUACCCCGUGGGACCCAUGUUGAACUUGGACUGUGCUGAUCAGAAUUCUGAUAUCAUCAAGUGGCUUGAUGAUCAGCCAGUUUCAUCGGUAGUGUUCUUGUGCUUUGGCAGCAUGGGACACUUUGGAGAAAGUCAAGCCAAAGAGAUUGCACGUGCGCUGGAGCACAGUGGAAUACGUUUCCUAUGGUCGUUACGUCAACCGCCUCAGAAGGAUAAGAUUGCUCUGCCAAGUGAUUACACAGAUUUUAAGCUGGUUUUGCCGCAAGAGUUUUUUGAUCGGACUGCUGAGGUUGGAAAAGUAAUAGGUUGGGCCCCACAGGUGUCAGUUCUGUCUCAUCCGGCCAUUGGAGGAUUUGUAUCACAUUGCGGUUGGAAUUCUAUAAUGGAGAGCCUAUGGUAUGGUGUGCCUAUUGCCACGUGGCCGCUUUAUGCGGAGCAACAAUUGAAUGCAUUUGAGAUGGUGAAGGAGCUGGGAUUAGCGGUCGAGAUUAAGCUGGAUUAUAGAAGAGAUUUCAGUAAUUGGGACGAUGAAAUGGUGGCUGUCAGUGCACAAGAGAUUGAGGAAGGGCUGAGGAAAUUGAUGAAGAAUGAUAGUGAUGUAAGAAAAAGGGUAAAAGAGGUAAGUGAAAUGAGCAAGAAGGCCUUGAUGAAUGGUGGUUCCUCUUACUCUUCCUUACACCGUCUGAUCAAUGAUAUCAUAGACAACAUGCCCUGAUGUCAUGAUGCACUCUGUGAACUCUAUAAAAAAAUAAAAAUAAAAAAAUGAUGCGGUUGUUGAAACACCAACGUUUCUUUUCUACUUGGAAGAGUUAAUUGUUACUUGUUUAAUAUAUUUGUACUUUUUUUUCCCCUGCAUUUCUCAUGAAACAAAAAGAUAUAAUUUUGCCGUAUUA